CAGCCGUGUGACAGCUGUGUGUGCGCGCGCGGGUUUGUUGUAUUCCGCGGGAGCAGCAAUCAAAGCGCGCGCUCAGACACAAAGCUGCUUAAAAGUUCAGUCAUUUGUAAAACAACAUGAGUUUGUGGGUUGAUAAGUACAGACCAACAUCUCUGGCCAAGCUGGACUAUCACAAAGAGCAAGCAAAUCAGCUAAAAAACCUGGUACAAUGUGGCGACUUCCCUCACCUACUUGUUUAUGGUCCAUCUGGCGCUGGCAAAAAGACACGAAUCAUGUGUCUCCUCCGUGAGCUGUACGGUGCCGGAGUGGAGAAGCUCCGGAUUGAACACCAGUCCAUUGUAGCUCCAUCUAAAAAAAAGAUUGAAAUCAACACAAUUGCCAGUAACUACCAUUUGGAGGUGAAUCCAAGUGAUGCUGGGAACAGUGACCGUGUCGUCAUCCAAGAGCUGAUCAAAACAGUGGCUCAGUCUCAGCAGAUACAAUCCAGCACGCAGAGAGAGUUCAAAGUGGUGCUGCUGACGGAGGUGGACCGGCUCACCAAAGACGCGCAGCAUGCCCUGCGCCGCACCAUGGAGAAAUACAUGGCCACCUGUCGCCUCAUCCUGUGCUGCAACUCCACCUCUAAAGUGAUCUCUCCCAUCAGGAGCAGGUGCCUGGCUGUGAGAGUGCCACUGCCCAGCACUGAGGAGGUGUGCAGUGUUCUGGUGGGCGUGUGCAAAAAGGAAGGGCUUAAUCUCCCAACUGAGCUGGCCAGACAGAUCGCCGAGAAGUCAGGCCGCAAUCUUCGCAAAGCUCUUCUCAUGUGCGAGGCCUGUCGAGUGCAACAGUAUCCUUUCUCUGCAGAUCAGGACAUCCCUGAAACAGACUGGGAAGUGUACCUCAGAGAGACAGCUAACGCCAUCGUCAACCAGCAGAGCCCACAAAGACUUUUGGAGGUUCGGGCAAGACUUUAUGAACUACUAACUCACUGCAUUCCAGCAGAAAUCAUCAUGAAGGGGCUUGUGUCUGAGCUGCUCAGUAAUUGUGAUGGCCAUCUGAAACCUGAGGUGGCUCAAAUGGCAGCCUACUACGAACACAGACUACAGUUGGGCAGCAAAGCCAUUUACCACCUGGAGGCCUUCGUGGCAAAGUUCAUGGCCAUCUAUAAGAAGUUUAUGGAGGAUGGACUCGACAACUUCAUGUUCUGAUUUCUCUCUAAUGUCAUCUUACUGUAUUUUUGUUUUGGCUCUGAAAAUAUCUGCAAAUUUUCUUUGUAAUAAACAUAACCUUUGUAAAGAUUUUCACCUGA